GUGAGCGAGAGAGCGAGACCAAGGAAAAGACAGAGAGCGAGCCAGAGAGAGAGUGAGAGAGAGCUAGCGCUUACACUCGAAUUCCAAACCUUACGCUGUCACGUCAAGCAGAGACCUUCAAGGAAAAUGGCCGAGACCCAGACACUUAACUUUGGACCAGAAUGGCUCCGUGCCCUGUCUGGAGGUGCAAGCAGCAGUGGCGGCGGCGGCGGCGGUGGUGGAGGAAGCAGCAGCAGCAACGCCGUUAGCUCGCCACCUCUCUCGCCUGUAUUGCCAAAGUACAAGCUUGCAGACUAUCGUUACGGAAGAGAGGAAAUGUUAGCACUUUAUGUCAAAGACAUCAAGAUCCCUAUAGACUUGCAUGAUAAGGAGUUCCUGCCCAUAUUGCAAGAGGAACCUUUCCCUCCUCUGGCACUUGUUUCUUUUACAGAGGAAGAACAGAGAAAUUUUGCCUUGUCUGUAAACAGUGCUGCCGUAUUCCGACGAGGAAGCGGUGCGGUAGUGAGUGCGCCUCGAGGCCGAAGUACCUCAAGGGGUAGAGGUCGAGGAAGAGGAGACGGAGGGUUUUACCAAAGAAGUUUUGAUGAUGUGGAAGGUUUUGGCCGUGGGGGCAGGGAGAUGCAUCGCUCCCAGAGCUGGGAGGAAAGGGGCGAUAGAAGAUUUGAAAAGCCAGGCCGGAAAGACCCGGAUGUGUCGCCAGGACAUUUCCAGCUGAAUCACGCAGCUUCCCCAAUGACGAAUUUCGCAGUGCGAAACAACUACGAUGAUGCCGGGCUGGGCCUGUCGAGGAAACACGACUUCACGCGCUCAGAGAGCGAGAAUUGGCGUACCUUUCGUGACGAUCAGAACGAUGUGCCUCGGAGCGCGGCGUGGCAUCCGGAGCAGCGGCGCCGCAUUCCGUUUGACUCGCGAGAAGACGAACGCACCUACAGGAGGCAGCGUUCGGGCAGCGGCAGCUUGGACGACGACAGGGAUGCUCUGCCCGAGUGGUGUCUGGAGGACGCGGACGAGGAGGCGGGCACCUUCGACUCGUCGGGGGCCUUUCUCUCACUCAAGAAAGCCUCCAAAGAGCCCAUCCUGGAGGAGGCCGAGUUGGAUUUUAAACCCUUGGAAGAGUGUGAGGAGGCCCUAGAGGAGGAAGACAGUCAGCCCAAGGAGACCAAAGAAACAGAAAUAGAAGCCAAGCAAAAUUCUGACCGAAAAGUAUUCACGGGGGUGAGCAGAAUGUCAGAGGAGACCCCACCUGUUCCCCCGCCCGCCGUUGGGACGAUCCCCGAGGCCCAGACGACCCGCAAGUCUGCGUCGCCCGGCCACCUCAACCCGACGGAGGAACCCGAAAGGCAACCCCCCCUGGAGCGACCGCCAGAACCCUGCAAAGUUGCUCAGCACGUCCCGUUGUCCAACAGCAUGUCGCUACCCAACUCGCGGAUUUCCGCCACCCUCACAGACGUUCGCAGGCAGUCGUCCAGCAUGCAGACGCCCGGGGAGGUGCUCGUGGCUAUGAACAAUCCCCUGCCCUUUUCUUCAAGUGCGUUAGCCCCAAUUUCCAGGCCUGCCGCCGUGUCACAUGACACCGAUGAAGACGAGGGUUUGAAGCACUUUGAGCAGGAGGCAGAGAAAAUGGUGGCUUACCUCCAGGACGGCGUAGCGGACGAUGACAGACUGGCUGCCAAAGCCCCUGAAAAGCCCAAAGCUGCAGGCCUGCCGCUCACUCACAAGACCGCACUCAAGUGGUUUUACAAAGACCCUCAAGGGGAGAUACAGGGUCCUUUCAGCAACCAGGAGAUGGCCGAAUGGUUCCAGGCGGGUUACUUCACCAUGUCUCUCCUGGUGAAAAGAGGCUGCGAUGACAUCUUUCAGGCCUUGGGGGAGAUGAUGAAGAUUUGGGGGAGAGUCCCUUUCACGCCGGGCCCCGCGCCUCCACCCCUGCAGGGUGACGCUGACCAAGAAAGGUUGAAGCGGCAGCAGGAGCUCACUGCGCUCAACCUUUACCAGUUGCAGCAGCUUCAGUAUCAAUACCUCUUGAGGCAGCAGUAUGCUCAGGCCCUGGCCCAGCAGAAGGCAGCGGUGCUGAGCUCGGCCCCUCUUCAACAGCAGCAGCAACACCAACAGCAGCUCAACACGCUUCAGCAGCAAUACCAAGCUCUCAAGACAAGAACAUCGGAGAGCCUUCUACCUCCUGUUACACGGUCCCUGUCUGUACCCGACUCCGGUUCUGUAUGGGAAAUGCAGAACCCGUCCUCGCAGGCUUCUUGCACACCAAACCUCCCCACAGCCACGUCAAGCACAUGGGAUGGCAGCAGCGUGUGGGACUUGCCCAUAGACUCCGUGGCAAAGGCGCCCACCAUCGAGCAGAUGCAGCAGUUGGAGAAAUCAAAGGCUGCAAAGGUGGAACUGGAGAGGCGCGAAGCUGAACUGAGAGCCAAAAGAGAAGAAGAAGAGAGGAAGCGACUGGAGGAGGCUCUGCGGGCUCGUCAAGAGGAGGAGCGGAAGCGCCUGGAGGAGGAGGAGCUGGCGAGACAAAAACAGGAGGAAGCUCUGAGACGACAGAGAGAACAGGAGGAGGCGCAACGGAGAAAAAAGGAGCAAGAAGAGAGAUUGGCGCAGGAGGAAGCCCUGCGAAGACUUGAGGAGGAGGAGAGGAAGAAAAGGGAGGACUUCCUUCGCAAACAGGAGGAGGAGCGCCGAAAACAAGAGGAGCUGGAGGCAUUGAGGAGGCGCGAGGAGGAGAAGCGAGCAGAGGAGGCGGCUGCGGCGGCUGCAGCAGCAGAAGCGGCUGCCCUUGCUCAGCAACAGCAGGAGGAGCAAAAGCGGCGGGAGCAGGAGGCGCAGAAACAGCAGGAACUGCAGAGACAGAGGCAGCAGCAGCAGGAGGCUCUCAGAAGACUGCAACAGCAGCAGCAGCUUGCACAAAUGAAGCUUCCGUUGUCAUCCAAGUGGGGUCAUCAGUCCUCCAACGCUAGCAACAAGAAUCAGAACACCCUGUCACUGGCCGAGAUCCAGAAACUGGAAGAGGAGCGGGAAAGACAGGCACUAGAAGAGCAGCAGCGUCAGCAGCAGGAGCUCCUGAAGCUGCAGCAGCACCAGGCCCUGCAGCAGGCCCAGCAGGCCCAGGCCAAGCUGUCGGGCUGGGGGCACGCCGCCAAGCAGCCCCCCGUGACCAAGUCUCUGCUGGAGAUUCAGAGGGAGGAAGCGCAGCAGAUGAAACAGAAGAAGGAGCCACCACCCCAACAGCAGCAACAGAAUCACAUCUUGUCCCAGCCGACCCGUCCGCAGAACAAAACUACAUCUCUGAGCAACUCCGUAUGGGGUUCCGUGAACAUCACCCCUUGCUCAAACUGGGCGGCGGACUCCGGCAGCAUCUGGGGGGACACCCACAACUCCAACAUGGGCUUCUGGGACGAAGCUGUGAAGGAGGCUGUCCAGCAGCCCCCGCCCACCAAGAAAGGAAAUGCGCAGAAAAACAAGGGCAAUGCCAACCUCAGUAAUUCCACGAGUGGGCGAGCCAACAAGAAGGUGGAGGAGGAAGAGAAGCUGCUCAGGUUGUUCCAAGGGGUCAAUAAGAGCCAGCAGGACGGCUUCAUGCAGUGGUGCGAGCGCACUCUGCACAGCCUCAACACAGCCAACAAUCUGGAUGUUCCCACGUUUGCGUCGUUCCUCAAAGAAGUGGACUCACCGUACGAGGUGCACGACUACGUCAAGGCCUACCUGGGGGACACUCCCGAGGCCAAGGACUUUGCCAAGCAGUUCCUGGAGCGUCGUGCCAAACAGAACGCUAAUCAGCAAAAAACGUCGCCGCAGCCGCAGCAGAAGCAAGGGCAAGCCCUGAAACAGCAGCAGGAUUCCGUGUGGGGAGGAACGGGAUCAUCAACGCUCUACCAGGGCAACCACACAAGUGGUCAGCACAAGCAACAUCAUCAACAGCCACCGCCGCAGCAGCGCUUUGAGACGGUCACCUCAGGGAAGAAGAAAAAGAAGCAGAAAAUGGUCCGUGCGGAUCCGAGCCUUCUAGGUUUUUCUGUUAACGCAUCGUCCGAGAGACUGAACAUGGGCGAGAUUGAGACCGUGGAGGAUUUUUAAGGGAAUGCAGCCGAGUCGAACGCCCACUGACUGACUCGAACCCCAACCCUCCCUCAACCGCAGCUGCCAACUUAAUGUCACCGUUUUCUUUCACAGCCCUUUUCUGGCAACAUCAAUCCAAAACGUAGCAAAAGGCUCCUCGGAUGCUGUGGCUCUGAUUUUGUUCAAUCAGCCGCAGUUGGCAGAAUCUUCCAAUUGGACCUUCUUCUCUAAAGUGUUGGUGGGGAAAGUGAGAGAUGAUAUCCAUUUCUUCUAUUUAUUGAAUAUGAAUUGUCCCCCCCCACUCAACACGUUCUGCCCUCCCUCUUUUUUUUUUGCCCCGCCCCACCCAAUGAUGCUAGUUAUUGGUGGAUUAAGACGGCAGAGUUGAGCCCAAGGAUCGGUGCCUACUUUAUGUCCUGUUUUAAGGACAUGUUCCAAGUCCCAAGUAGUUAUCUAUUUCUUGUAAAAUACUAGGCUGUUUAAAAAAAAAAUAAAAUAAACUUUCAACUUGCAUCUCUAUGAUAAUA